UUUUUCUUUUUCUGUUUACACUCCCAUUGUCUUAACCACUGCCAUAUCUCUCUCAACCACACACACACACUCUCUCUCUCUCUCUCUCUCUCUCUCUCUCUCUCUAGAGGGCAUGUCUGUUGACGAAGAGAUAUGCAUGCUUUAAUCUCUAGCUAGCUUUGCUCAUUCCCUUCACCUUGUGUUCUUCCUUUCCUUCUUCUUUGUUUCUUGUAAUUAUACCCCGGAAAAAGCUUUGAGAUUUCCUCCCAUAUAAAUAGUUUGAUCUCUCUAGUCUUGCGUUUAUUAUCAAGCAGAAGGAGCUCUAGUGAGGAAAAUGCCCUUGGAAGGUGGGGUUUUCAUGGAGAAGAUGCCAUCAAACCAUCCACAAGCAGUUCCUGAUCUUUCCCUGAACAUCAGCCUCCCAGCCGUUCCUAAGUCCUCUUCUUCGAUUUUCGAUAUCGGCCCCAACCACCAGGCCCCGAGAUCGAGCACAAGCCGAGAGAACACUCUCGCUUACACAGGGCUCUCUCUCGCACCAAGCGCCGGUAAGAAUGUGGGUCGCAACGGCGACGCUUGCCGAAGAAGUUCCGAUGUCAUUACAAUCGGAGACGACGAGCAGCCGCAGCUGCAUAAUCAUCCUCUGCAACAUCCUCAUCAUCUUCAUCUCAAUAACGGGGUUCUGAUGUCCGACUCAUCGGAUGUUCCGAGGCCGAUAAAAGGGAUCCCAGUCUAUCACAACCGUUCAUUCCCCAGCUUCCAUCAGGCGCCGACACCACCCCACCUGACAGCUCCAAACUCGCCAUCAGUUUCAUCGCCUUAUUUUGGUGGAGGUUUUGAUCCCUUGUCGAUCCUGAACUCUGCGGGGACAGCCACCGGAGCCAAUUCACGAGGCUACGCAGCCAAGUUAUACAGUGGGUUAGGGUUGCCUCACCACCACCACCAUCAUCAGUACACGAACAUGUCGGAGAUGUCCAGCAAUGGAGUGAUGCGAUCGAGAUUUGUGGCAAGGAUUCCUGCUAAGAGGAGUAUGAGAGCACCUCGGAUGCGCUGGACAAGCACUCUUCAUGCUCGAUUUGUCCAUGCGGUCGAGCGUCUAGGAGGCCAUGAAAGAGCGACGCCAAAGUCCGUUCUCGAACUCAUGGGGGAGAAGGAUCUCACUCUUGCUCAUGUCAAGAGCCACUUACAGAUGUAUCGAACUGUAAAGACUACUGAAAAGCCUGCAGCUUCAUCGGGUCAAUCGGAUGGAGAGGAUGAUCUCCCUCUAAUUGGUAGUGCGGGUGGCGAUCGUGGCUCUCGGGGAUUUACCGAUGUAAGAGCACCAUUGGAUUGUUUGAGACAGCAAGAGCUUGAUCAUCCUUCUUCUAGUAAUGCUUUCCGGAGUAACACUUCAAGCGGUAGAGAGGGUUGGCAAGAUGAUAUGGCCGGAAUCAGAUCACACCACCACCAAAUUGAGGAGUCGGAUCCGGCAGCAAUGCUCAAGAGCUAUCACAAGUCCAAAGCAGACAGCAACAACCCCAGUUUAGAGUUCACUUUAGGCAGACCGGACUGGCAGGGCCGAGAACAUGGCUAGCUAGCUGGCUAUUAAUAUCAUCCAAUGGAUGUACAAGUACAUGCACACACAUGCCCUAAUUGUUUUGUUCGUGAUUUUUGAGUCACCUUAGUCAGUAGGCAAAUGAGAAGAUAAAAACAUACGCAAGAGAAAACGAAUUAUAUGGGAGCGAUUAUGGUAUCAAAAUUAGAGGAAGGGUGCAACAUUGACAGUCUUGGAUUAAUGUCGUCGUGCACCCGUGCAGAUCAUAUAUGUGGAAUUGGUUUUGGGCAUGGACAUUGUAUUUUGGGCUGGGCCCAGUCCCCAUGAACUGAUUUUGCUUAUAAUCAUAGGCCCAACCCAAAAAUUGACACCGGGCUUUGGGCGUUGGGCAAGAGAGUACGGAGGUUUUCCAUACUCUUACAUGAGACUAGAUUUUUCUUUUUCCUUCUCACAUAAUCGAGAUUGCUGCCUUGUCCUUUUACGGAGACCGAUUUCAAUUCUUUCAUAGUAAAAGUAAUAUUUUCAAAGA